CCUCCAAGAUUGCAACAUAAACCAUCCACAGCAGCAGACGUUUCAGGAUGAGAAGAUCUGUCGUUUUUCACAUUUUGCUCCUCUGUCAGUGUUGGACUUGGGCUCACAGUGAGGCGGACAGUGAAGCUCCUCAAACUGUAGAUCAAGGUCUCCAGGCUGAGAUUCAAGGUGUUGAAAUAAAUCAGGCUGAGAGUACCAGAGAGACCAAUGACACUGUGGAUCUCUGGGCCGAGCUGAAGGAGCUCAGAGACAUGACCAUCGAACUGAAGACUGACCUGAAGCAUUACCUGAGCAGGAUAGAGGUGCUGGAGGAAGAAAAAUUAGGCCUUGAAGUCAAAAUAAGUUCCAUUGAGAAGGAAAUGGAGGGAAUCAAGAGGGAGAAUGCAGAGUUGGAGAACACAUUGAACAUCGUCAAAAGUGAGGUGGAGACUCUCAAGAGUAAGAACAUGGCGCUGGAAGCCAGAAUGACCACCAAUGAGAAGGAGGUGGAGGAGAUCAGAAGAGAGUACGAAGAUCAACCAAAGGUGGUGUUCUCAACUGCCCUCACCAGUGGAUACUUUGGACCCUUUAAUACUGACGUCACGCUGAAGUUCAGUAAAGUCUUCAUAAACUUUGGCCAAGGCUACAACCCAUCUACAGGUUUCUUCACAGCCCCAGUCAAAGGAAUCUACUACUUCAGAUAUACUUUGCUUGAGAAAAGAAAAGAUAUGUCGCUUGGUAUUCAUUUGUUUCAUAAUGGUAACCAUGUUAUGGGCUCUUUUGAAGUAAGUGAUGGUUCACAUGAAAGCAUAUCUAAUGCAAUUAUCCUUCAGCUUGAACAGGGCGAUGAGGUUUACAUGAAUCUUUUGUAUAAUCACGGUUUGUAUGACGAUGGAAAUAAUUACACCACCUUUAGUGGGUUUUUGCUUUUCCCCUUGUGAGGCUGUAUAGAAAAAACACACAGACAUUCCGUUUAAUUCACUGCCAGCAAUAAUGAAAUGAAAAAAUAUUUUGUUCUAAGAAAGUAAAAUGCACGUCCAGAGCUCCUUUUCCAGAAAUAGUCACAAAGUGCAGGAUGACUCGGGUAAAAUCCGUUUAUAAACGGUCCAAAACAUAUAAAACUCUACAUCACAUUAAAUCAGGAUAUGCACAAAAAUGCUUUUGGAAGCCUCCAUGCAGACAGACCUGGGUCAGGACCUUCUGACUGAGAGACAAGGAUUUUUAACGUCAUUAUUUCACAGAAUAAAAGCACUUUCAUUCUCAGAAUCCUUGUACAAUAAGCAUUCAAUAUAAAAAAAAACUUAACCAUU